AUGGAUGCCGUGGUUGCCGUCUUUGUCAUGGAAGUAUGCAAGUCGACAGAUAACUGCUCAGAUAUGCUGGAGGGUGGCGUGGAAUCGAAUUUAGCUCAGCAACAAAACUACAAGCAAUUUACAUAUGCUGCGUCCCAGCAACUAAACACUUUGCAGAAACAUACACAGCACGAGCGGCCCGGUCUCAUUGCUAGUUCUCCAAUAAUCGCUGACAUAUACCAAGAGGCUGAUAUUGAUGCUGCAUUUGUUACAGAUAUGUAUUUUGCACAGAUAAAAGAAAACCGGGUACCCUUGACAAAGAAAUGUGGAUGCCAGCAGCAAGUCGAAGAUAACAAUUCUAGCCAAAAACAACGGUUGGAAAGUCCUUCAUUUCAUAACAUCCCUUGGAGUAGGCAGCGGCAAUCUUUCAAUCCAGCGCCAACUUCUGUAAGCCUAGUUAACAAUGAUAACGACGUGUAUAUCAUGGACGACUAUCGCAAUAGUCUGCCAACCCAGAAUCGAGAAGAGCGAUCUGGUGCACCUACACAACCGCGCUUUAAUUUUAGUCCCUGGAGUCAACAAGCUAAUGCAAGUCAGUCUAUUAUCCGCAAAUGGAAAGAGUAA